GAGUAGCGAGGGGGCGGAGUGUGGCCGCCGGAAACCCGGCCACUGCUGGGGGGAACUGCCGGCGAAGGCCCGGGAGCAGCGGGCCGAGGCUGGCACAAUGCUGUUCCUAGGAGGCAUUGUUGGCUACCGGUGAGGAAGACGAAGGGCGGAGUUGCCUUCCCAGGCCCCUGGCGCCUAUGUACGCCUCGCUGGGCUCGGGGCCGGUCGCCACCUCGCCUCCUUCUGCACCACCCUCUGCUUUCGGGUCCUGCAGCUCCGGCGGCGGCAGGGGCUGUGUCCCGCAGGAGGGGCAGCGCCCAGGCGGCGGCCGCGCCUCUGGCCGCGGGACGAGUGUCUGGCAGGUCCAAGGGUAGCCAAGGAUGGCUGCAGCUUCAUAUGAUCAGUUGUUAAAGCAAGUUGAGGCACUGAAGAUGGAGAACUCAAACCUUCGACAAGAGCUAGAAGAUAAUUCCAAUCAUCUUACAAAACUGGAAACUGAGGCAUCUAAUAUGAAGGAAGUGCUUAAACAACUACAAGGAAGUAUUGAAGAUGAAGCUAUGGCUUCUUCUGGACAGAUUGAUUUAUUAGAGCGUCUCAAAGAACUUAACUUAGAUAGCAGUAAUUUCCCUGGAGUGAAACUACGGUCAAAAAUGUCCCUCCGUUCUUAUGGAAGCCGGGAGGGAUCUGUAUCCAGUCGUUCAGGAGAGUGCAGUCCUGUUCCUACGGGUUCAUUUUCAAAAAGAGGGUUUGUAAAUGGAAGCAGAGAAAAUACCGGUUAUUUAGAAGAACUGGAGAAAGAGAGAUCAUUACUUCUUGCUGAUCUUGACAAAGAAGAAAAAGAAAAAGACUGGUAUUAUGCUCAACUUCAGAAUCUCACUAAAAGAAUAGAUAGUCUUCCUUUAACUGAAAAUUUUUCCUUACAAACAGAUAUGACCAGAAGGCAAUUGGAAUAUGAAGCAAGACAGAUCAGAGUUGCAAUGGAAGAACAACUAGGUACUUGCCAGGAUAUGGAAAAACGAGCACAGCGAAGAAUAACCAGAAUUCAGCAGAUAGAGAAGGACAUACUUCGUAUACGACAGCUUUUACAGUCCCAGGCAACAGACACAGAGAGGUCAUCUCAGAGCAAACAUGAAGCCGGCUCACAUGAAGCUGAGCGGCAGAAUGAAGGUCAAGGAGUGGCAGAAAUCAACAUGGCAACUUCUGGUAGUAGUCAGGGUUCAGCUGCACGAACAGACCAUGAAACAGCUAGUGUCUUGAGUUCUGGUAGCACACACUCUGCUCCUCGAAGGCUGACCAGUCAUCUGGGAACCAAGGUGGAAAUGGUGUAUUCAUUGUUGUCAAUGCUUGGUACUCAUGAUAAGGAUGAUAUGUCACGAACUUUGCUAGCUAUGUCUAGCUCCCAGGACAGCUGUAUAUCCAUGCGACAGUCUGGAUGUCUUCCUCUCCUCAUCCAGCUUUUACAUGGCAAUGACAAAGACUCCGUGCUGCUGGGAGAUUCCCGGGGCAGCAAAGAGGCUCGGGCCAGGGCCAGUGCAGCCCUGCACAACAUCAUUCACUCACAGCCUGAUGACAAAAGAGGCAGGCGUGAAAUCCGAGUCCUUCAUCUUUUGGAACAGAUACGAGCUUACUGUGAAACCUGUUGGGAGUGGCAGGAAGCCCAUGAACAAGGCAUGGACCACGACAAAAAUCCAAUGCCAGCUCCUGUUGAACAUCAGAUCUGUCCUGCGGUGUGUGUCCUGAUGAAACUUUCAUUUGAUGAAGAGCAUAGGCAUGCAAUGAAUGAACUUGGUAGGAAGGCUACCCGGGGCAUUUCAUCACAGGAGCUAGGGCAGGGGCUUUCAGGGGGACUACAGGCCAUUGCAGAAUUAUUGCAAGUGGACUGUGAAAUGUAUGGGCUUACUAAUGACCACUACAGUAUUACAUUAAGACGAUAUGCAGGAAUGGCUUUGACAAACUUGACUUUUGGAGAUGUAGCCAACAAGGCUACACUAUGCUCUAUGAAAGGCUGUAUGAGAGCGCUUGUGGCUCAACUAAAAUCUGAAAGUGAGGACUUACAGCAGGUUAUUGCCAGUGUUUUGAGGAAUUUAUCUUGGCGGGCAGAUGUAAAUAGUAAAAAGACAUUGCGUGAAGUUGGAAGUGUAAAAGCACUGAUGGAAUGUGCUUUGGAAGUUAAAAAGGAAUCAACCCUCAAAAGCGUAUUGAGUGCCUUAUGGAACUUGUCAGCACACUGCACGGAGAAUAAGGCUGAUAUAUGUGCUGUAGAUGGUGCGCUGGCAUUUUUGGUUGGCACUCUCACAUACCGGAGCCAGACAAAUACUUUAGCCAUUAUUGAAAGUGGAGGUGGGAUAUUGCGGAAUGUGUCCAGCUUGAUAGCUACAAAUGAGGACCACAGGCAAAUCCUAAGGGAGAACAACUGCCUGCAAACCUUAUUACAACACUUGAAAUCGCACAGUUUGACAAUAGUCAGUAAUGCAUGUGGCACCUUGUGGAAUCUCUCAGCAAGAAAUCCUAAAGACCAAGAAGCACUCUGGGACAUGGGGGCAGUCAGCAUGCUUAAGAACCUCAUUCAUUCAAAGCACAAAAUGAUUGCUAUGGGCAGUGCUGCAGCUUUAAGGAAUCUCAUGGCAAACAGACCUACCAAGUAUAAGGAUGCCAAUAUUAUGUCUCCUGGCUCAAGCUUGCCAUCUCUUCAUGUCAGGAAACAAAAAGCCCUGGAAGCAGAAUUAGAUGCUCAACAUUUAUCAGAAACAUUUGACAAUAUUGACAAUUUAAGCCCCAAGGCAUCUCAUCGUAGUAAGCAAAGACACAAGCCAAGUCUCUAUGGUGACUAUGCUUUUGACACUAAUCGACAUGAUGAUAAUAGGUCAGAUAAUUUUAAUACUGGCAACAUGACUGUCCUUUCACCAUAUUUAAAUACUACAGUGUUACCCAGCUCCUCUUCAUCAAGGGGAAGUUUAGAUAGUUCUCGUUCUGAAAAAGAUCGGAGUUUGGAAAGAGAACGAGGAAUCAGCCUAAGCAGCUACCACCCAGCAACAGAAAAUCAUGGAACCUCUUCAAAGCGAGGUUUGCAGAUUUCCACCACUGCAGCCCAGAUUGCCAAAGUCAUGGAAGAAGUGUCAGCCAUUCACACAUCCCAGGAAGACAGAAGUUCUGGGUCUACCACUGACUUACACUCUGGGCCAGAGGACAGGAAUGCACUAAGAAGAAGCUCUACCACACACACACAUGCAAAUACCUACAACUUCCCUAAAUCAGACAGUUCAAAUAGAACAUGUCCUAUACCUUAUGCCAAAUUGGAAUAUAAGAGAUCUUCAAAUGAUAGUUUAAAUAGUGUCAGUAGUAGUGAUGGUUAUGGUAAAAGAGGUCAAAUGAAACCUUCAGUUGAAUCCUAUUCUGAAGAUGAUGAAAGUAAAUUUUGCAGCUAUGGUCAAUAUCCAGCUGACCUAGCCCAUAAAAUACAUAGUGCAAACCAUAUGGAUGAUAAUGAUGGAGAACUAGACACCCCAAUAAAUUAUAGUCUUAAGUACUCAGAUGAGCAGUUGAACUCCGGAAGGCAAAGUCCUUCACAGAAUGAAAGAUGGGCAAGACCCAAACAUAUAAUAGAAGAUGAAAUAAAACAAAGUGAGCAGAGACAAUCAAGGAGUCAAAGCACAACUUACCCCGUAUAUACUGAGAGCGCUGAUGAUAAACACCUCAAGUUCCAACCACAUUUCGGACAGCAAGAAUGUGUUUCUCCAUACAGGUCACGAGGAGCCAAUGGCUCAGAAACAAAUCGAGGAGAUUCUAAUCAUGGAAUUAAUCAAAAUGUAAAUCAGUCUUUGUGUCAGCAAGAUGACUAUGAAGAUGAUAAGCCAACCAACUAUAGUGAACGUUACUCUGAGGAAGAGCAGCAUGAGGAAGAAGAGAGACCAACAAAUUACAGCAUAAAAUACAAUGAAGAAAAACAUCAUGUGGAUCAACCUAUUGAUUAUAGUUUAAAAUAUACCACAGACCUUCCUUCCUCACAGAAGCCAUCAUUUUCAUUCUCAAAGAAUUCUUCUGGACAAAGCACUAAAACUGAACACAUCUCGUCAAGCAGUGAGACUACGUCCACACCUGCAUCUAAUGCCAAGAGGCAGAAUCAGCUCCAUCCAAGUUCAGCUCAAAGCAGAAGUGGUCAGACCCAAAAAGCCACCCCUUGCAAAGUUCCUUCUAUCAACCAAGAAACAAUGCAGACCUACUGUGUAGAAGAUACUCCAAUAUGUUUUUCAAGGUGUAGCUCAUUAUCAUCCUUGUCAUCAGCAGAAGAUGAAAUAGGAUGUGAUCAGACAACACAGGAAAUAGAUUCUGCUAAUACUCUCCAAAUAGUAGAAAUAAAAGAAAAAAGUGGAACUAGAUCAACUGAAAAUUCUGUGAGUGAAGUUCCAGCAGUGUCCCAGCACAUUAGAACCAAAUCCAGCAGACUCCAGGCUUCUGGUUUAUCUUCAGAAGCAACCAGGCACAAAGCUGUUGAAUUUUCUUCAGGGGCCAAAUCUCCAUCAAAAAGUGGUGCUCAGACACCUAAAAGCCCACCCGAGCACUACGUUCAGGAGACUCCACUCAUGUUUAGCAGAUGUACUUCUGUCAGCUCACUUGAUAGUUUUGAGAGCCGUUCAAUUGCCAGCUCUGUGCAGAGUGAACCCUGCAGUGGAAUGGUAAGUGGCAUUAUAAGCCCCAGUGAUCUUCCAGAUAGCCCUGGACAAACCAUGCCACCAAGCAGAAGUAAAACCCCUCCUCCUCCUCCUCCUCAAACAGUUCAAGUUAAGCAAGAGGUACCUAAAAAUAAAGCUUCUAAUGCUGAAAAGAGAGAAAAUGGACCUAAGCAAGCUGCUGUAAGUGCUGCAGUUCAGAGGGUCCAGGUUCUUCCAGAUGCUGACACUUUACUGCAUUUUGCCACAGAAAGUACACCAGAUGGAUUUUCUUGUUCGUCUAGCCUGAGUGCUCUGAGCCUCGAUGAGCCUUUUAUACAGAAAGAUGUGGAAUUAAGAAUAAUGCCUCCAGUUCAGGAAAAUGAUAACGGGACUGAAACAGAAUCUGAGCAGCCUGAAGAAUCAAGUGAAAACCAGGAAAAAGAGGCAGAAAAACCUACCGAUUCUGAAAAAGAUCUAUUGGAUGAUUCAGAUGAUGAUGAUAUUGAAAUACUAGAAGAAUGUAUUAUUUCUGCCAUGCCAACUAAAUCUUCACGCAAAGCUAAAAAGCCAGCCCAGACUGCUUCAAAAUUACCUCCACCUGUGGCAAGGAAGCCAAGUCAACUGCCUGUGUACAAACUGCUGCCAUCACAGAACAGGUUACAAGCACAAAAGCACGUCAGUUUUACACAGGGAGAUGAUAUGCCACGGGUGUAUUGUGUAGAAGGGACACCUAUAAACUUUUCCACAGCCACAUCUCUAAGUGAUCUAACAAUUGAAUCCCCUCCAAAUGAGUUAGCUGGUGGAGAAGGGGUUAGAGCAGGACCACAGUCAGGUGAAUUUGAGAAACGAGAUACCAUUCCUACAGAAGGCAGAAGUACAGAUGAGGCUCAAAGAGGAAAAUCCUCAUCUGUGAUUUCACCUGACCUGGAUGACAAUAAAGUGGAAGAAGGUGAUAUUCUUGCAGAAUGCAUUAAUUCUGCUAUGCCCAAAGGAAAAAGUCACAAGCCUUUCCGCGUCAAAAAGAUACUGGACCAGGUCCAACAGGCAUCUGUGUCUUCAUCUGGAACUAACAAAAAUCAAUUAGAUGGAAAGAAAAAGAAACCUACUUCACCAGUAAAACCUAUACCCCAAAAUGCUGAAUAUAGAACACGUGUAAGAAAAAAUGCAGACCCCAGAAAUAAUUCAAAUGCUGACAGAACUUUCUCAGACAACAAAGAUUCAAAGAAACAGAACUUGAAAAAUAAUUCCAAGGAUUUCAAUGAUAAGGUACCAAAUAAUGAAGAUAGAGUCAGAGGAAGUUUUACUUUUGAUUCACCUCAUCAUUACACACCUAUUGAAGGAACUCCAUACUGUUUUUCACGAAAUGAUUCUUUGAGUUCUCUAGAUUUUGAUGAUGAUGAUGUUGACCUUUCCAGGGAAAAGGCCGAAUUAAGAAAAGGGAAAGAAAAUAAAGAAUCAGAAGCUAAAGUUAGCAGCCACACAGAAGUAGCCUCGAACCAACAAUCAGGCAGUAAGACACAAGCUGUUACAAAACAUCCAGUAAGUUGCAGUCAGUCUAAACCCAUGCUGCAGAAGCAGUCCACUUUUCCGCAGUUAUCCAAAGACAUCCCAGACCGAGGGGCAGCAGCUGAUGAAAAAUUACAGAAUUUUGCUAUUGAAAACACUCCAGUUUGCUUUUCUCGAAAUUCCUCUCUAAGUUCUCUUAGUGACAUUGAUCAAGAAAACAACAACAAAGAAAAUGAACCUAUCAAAAAGGCAGAGCCCCCCAGCUCCCAGGGUGAGCCAAGUAAACCUCAGGCAUCAGGAUAUGCUCCUAAAUCAUUUCACGUUGAAGAUACCCCUGUUUGUUUCUCAAGAAACAGUUCUCUCAGUUCUCUUAGCAUUGAUUCUGAGGAUGACCUGUUGCAGGAAUGCAUAAGUUCAGCAAUGCCAAAAAAGAAAAAGCCUUCAAGACUCAAGGGUGAUAGUGAAAAGCACAGUCCCAGAAGCAUGGGCGGCAUAUCAGCAGAUGAUUUAACACUUGAUUUGAAAGAUAUCCAGAGACCAGAUUCAGAACAUGGUUUAUCCCCUGAUUCAGAAAAUUUUGAUUGGAAAGCCAUUCAGGAAGGUGCAAAUUCCAUAGUAAGUAGCUUACAUCAAGCUGCUGCGGCCGCAUGUUUGUCUCGACAAGCUUCAUCCGAUUCGGAUUCCAUCCUUUCACUGAAGUCGGGGAUCUCUCUGGGGUCGCCAUUUCAUCUUACACCUGAUCAAGAGGAAAAACCUUUUACAGGUAAUAAAGGUCCACGAAUUCUAAAACCUGGGGAGAAAAGUACAUUGGAAACUAAAAAGAUAGAAUCUGAGACUAAAGGAAUCAAAGGAGGAAAAAAAGUUUAUAGAAGUUUGAUUACUGGAAAAGUUCGAUCUAAUUCAGAAGUUUCAAGCCAAAUGAAACAGCCCCUUCAAACAAACAUGCCUUCAAUCUCCCGAGGUAGGACAAUGAUUCAUAUUCCAGGAGUUCGAAAUAGCUCUUCAAGUACGAGUCCCGUUUCUAAAAAAGGCCCACCCCUUAAGACUCCAGCCUCCAAAAGCCCUAGUGAAGUUCAGACAGUCACCACUUCUCCUAGAGGAGCCAAGCCAUCAGUGAAAUCAGAAUUAAGCCCUGUUACCAGGCAGACAUCCCAAGCAGCUGGGUCCAAUAAAGGGCCUUCCAGAUCAGGAUCUAGAGAUUCCACUCCCUCAAGACCUGCCCAGCAGCCAUUAAGUAGACCUAUGCAGUCUCCAGGGCGAAACUCAAUUUCUCCUGGUAGAAAUGGAAUAAGUCCUAACAAAUUAUCUCAACUGCCACGGACAUCAUCCCCUAGUACUGCUUCAACCAAGUCUUCAGGCUCUGGGAAGAUGUCGUACACAUCUCCAGGCAGACAGAUGAGCCAGCAGAACCUUACCAAACAAACAGGUUUAUCCAAGAACGGCAGUAGUAUCCCAAGAAGUGAGUCUGCCUCCAAAGGACUAAAUCAGAUGAAUAAUAGCAAUGGAUCCAAUAAAAAGGUAGAACUUUCUAGAAUGUCUUCAACUAAAUCAAGUGGAAGUGAAUCUGAUAGGUCAGAGAGACCUGUAUUAGUACGCCAGUCGACUUUCAUCAAAGAAGCUCCAAGCCCAACCCUAAGGAGAAAAUUGGAGGAAUCUGCUUCAUUUGAAUCUCUUUCUCCAUCUUCUAGACCAGAUUCCCCGACUCGGUCCCAGGCACAGACUCCAGUUUUAAGUCCUUCCCUUCCUGAUAUGUCUUUAUCCACACAUUCUUCUGUUCAGGCUGGUGGAUGGCGAAAACUCCCACCUAAUCUCAGUCCCACCAUAGAGUAUAAUGACGGAAGACCAGCAAAACGUCAUGAUAUAGCACGCUCCCAUUCUGAAAGUCCUUCGAGACUCCCAAUCAAUAGGUCUGGAACUUGGAAACGGGAGCACAGCAAACAUUCAUCAUCCCUUCCUCGAGUAAGCACUUGGAGAAGAACUGGAAGUUCAUCCUCCAUUCUUUCUGCUUCAUCAGAAUCCAGUGAAAAAGCUAAAAGUGAGGAUGAAAAACAUGUGAACUCUCUUUCAGGAUCCAAACAAACUAAAGAAAACCAAGUACCCACAAAAGGAACAUGGAGAAAAAUAAAAGAAAGUGAAAUUUCUCCCACAAAUGGUACUUCUCAAGCCACUUCCUCAGGUGCUGCAAAUGGUGCUGAAUCAAAGACUUUAAUCUAUCAAAUGGCACCUGCUGUUUCUAAAACAGAGGAUGUUUGGGUAAGAAUUGAGGACUGCCCUAUUAACAACCCUAGAUCCGGAAGAUCUCCUACAGGAAAUACUCCCCCAGUAAUUGAUGCUGUUCCAGAAAAGGGAAAUCCAAGUGCUAAAGAUCCAAGAGAUAAUCAGGGAAAACAAAAUGUGAGUAAUGGCAGUGCUCCUGUACGCACCAUGGGUUUGGAAAACCGCCUGAACUCCUUUAUUCAGGUGGAUGCCCCAGACCAAAAAGGAACUGAAGCCAAACCAGGACAAAGUAAUCCUGCCCCUGCAUCAGAGACUAAUGAAAGCUCUAUAGCUGAGCGUACCCCAUUCAGUUCUAGCAGCUCAAGCAAACAUAGUUCACCUAGUGGGACUGUUGCUGCCAGAGUGACUCCUUUUAAUUACAACCCCAGCCCUAGGAAAAGCAGCGUAGAUAGCACUUCAGCCCGGCCUUCUCAGAUCCCGACACCAGUGAAUAACAACACAAAGAAGCGAGAUUCAAAAACUGACAGCACAGAAUCCAGUGGAACUCAAAGUCCUAAGCGCCAUUCUGGGUCUUACCUUGUGACAUCUGUUUAAAAGAGCUGGAGUGAUGAAACUAAGAAAAUUAUGUGUUAAUUUCAACUGCUAUGUAGAAAUUUUGUUUCAAAUGAAACUUUAAACCGAAAAAUUUUGUAAAUAGGUUUGAUUCUUGUUAGAGGGUUUUUGUUCUGGAAGCCAUAUUUGAUAGUAUACUUUGUCUUCACUGGUCAUAUUUUGGGAGGCAUUCUUGAUAGUUAGAAAGCAAAUAGUGAGGCCAAGUAUAUCUGUACAGUAUGUUUUACAUGUAUUUAAGUAGCAUCCCAUCCCAUUAUCCUCUAAUUAUUGCUUGUCUUAAACACUACAGAUAGAAGAUGUGAUAUAUAAUGAUUUCUAGAUUAUAAACUGACUAAACUUAUAUCAGGGAGAAAUUGGUAUUUAUGCAAAAAAAAAUUCUGUUUUAGUCCCUGUGAAUCCAUCUAACAUAAUAAUUAAUCAUGUGGCUGUGAAAUUCACAGUAAUAUGGUUCCCGAUGAACAAGUUUACCCAGCCUGCUUUGCUUUACUGCAUGAAUGAAAACUGAUGGUUCAAUUUCAGAAGUAAUGAUUAACAGUUCUGUGGUCACAUGAUGUGCAUAUAGAUAGCUACAGUGUAACAAUUUACACUAUUUUGUGCUCAAAACAAAAAAACUGUGUAACUGUAAGACAUUGAAUGAAACUAUUUUACCUGAACUAGAUUUUAUCUGAAAGUAGAUAGAUUUUUUUGCUAUGCUGUAACUUGUUGUAUAUUGUUAUUUGAGGUGAGAUGGCUGCUCCUUUAUUAAUGAGACAUGAAACGUGUCUCAAGAGAAAUUAAGUGAACAUUUCAGAAUAAAUUAUUGCUGUAUGUAAACUUACUGAAAUCGGUAUUUGUUUAAAGGGUCUUACUUCCCAUUUGUACUCAUAAUUGUCAAAGGACCUCUUUUAAAAGCUUAUAUAAAUUUUUUCUUCAAAUUCUA